AUGGAAGACUUUGCGCUUGGCAAUGAUCUCAACUACGUGGCGCAACAGUCUGGACGUAUCUGCAGAGCGCUGUUCAUGAUCGCGCUCAACAGGAGAUGGGGACACCAGUGUCUGGUGCUUCUUACUCUAGCAAAGUCUAUUGAGAGGCGUAUCUGGCCAUUCCAGCAUCCCCUUCAUCAGUUCGACUUGGUCAAGUCGGUUCUCAAUCAGCUUGAUGCUAAGGCAAAUCUCACAAUCGAGGCCAUGCGAGACAUGGAUCCAGCGGAGAUUGGUGGCCUUGUUCACAACCAGGCUGCUGGUAAAAACAUCUCACGGAUACUGAGCAACUUCCCUACGGUUAGCAUUGAAGCAGAGAUUGCUCCCCUGAACCGCGAUGUGUUGCGGAUCAGGCUGUUCAUCACACCUGACUUCCGAUGGAAUGACCAUGUCAAUGGCACCUCCGAAUCGUACUACAUCUGGGUCGAGAACUCGGAAACAUCCGAGAUUUACCAUCACGAAUUCUUCAUCCUGAGUCGCAGGAAGCUCAACGACGACCACGAACUCAACUUCACCAUUCCCCUGUCUGAUCCUCUCCCCACGCAGAUCUAUGUUCGGGCCGUGUCCGACAGGUGGCUCGGUGCUGAGACGGUGACACCAGUCUCAUUCCAACACCUGAUCCGUCCUGACACCGAGAGCUUCUAUACCGAUCUACUGAAUCUACAACCGCUCUCUAUCUCGGCGCUGAAGAAUCCUGCCCUGGAGGAGAUUUAUGCGCAACGAUUCCAAUACUUCAACCCCAUGCAGACGCAAAUCUUCCACACGCUUUACAACACCCCCGCCAACGUCCUUCUCGGGUCCCCGACAGGCAGUGGCAAAACAGUGGCAGCCGAGCUCGCGAUGUGGUGGGCUUUCAAGGAGCGUCCUGGAUCCAAGGUCGUUUAUAUCGCGCCGAUGAAGGCACUUGUUCGUGAACGAGUUAAGGAUUGGGGCGCCCGGCUGGCCAAGCCUCUCGGGUUGAAGCUCGUCGAAUUGACUGGUGACAACACUCCCGACACUCGCACCAUCAAGGACGCCGAUGUGAUUAUUACCACGCCCGAAAAGUGGGAUGGUAUCUCUCGUAGCUGGCAGACCCGUGGCUACGUCCGACAGGUCAGCUUGGUCAUCAUUGACGAGAUUCACCUUCUCGCGGGUGAUCGAGGUCCGAUUCUGGAAAUCAUCGUUUCCCGAAUGAACUACAUUGCAGCUUCUACCAAGAACUCUGUCCGCCUACUGGGCAUGUCGACAGCUUGCGCGAAUGCUUCGGACCUGGGCAACUGGCUCGGCGUCAAGGAGGGCCUGUUCAACUUUCGACACUCUGUACGCCCUGUUCCCUUGGAGCUAUACAUUGACGGGUUCCCUGAGGUGCGGGGCUUCUGUCCGUUGAUGCAGUCGAUGAACAGACCGACAUUUCUCGCUGUUAAGACUCACAGUCCUGACAAGCCUGUCAUUGUCUUCGUGCCAUCCCGAAGACAGACGCGCCUUACGGCCAAGGAUCUCAUCAAUCUGUGUGGUAUGGAGGACAACCCUCGGCGGUUCCUCCACAUGGACGAAGAAGACCUGCAGUUGAAUCUUACGAGGGUCAAGGACGAGGCUCUCAAGGAGGCCAUCAGCUUCGGUAUUGGCCUCCAUCAUGCUGGUCUGGUCGAGUCGGACCGACAGCUCGCCGAAGAGCUGUUCCUCAACAAUAAGAUCCAGAUUCUCGUGGCGACGAGCACCCUCGCUUGGGGUGUCAAUCUGCCAGCGCACCUGGUUGUCGUCAAAGGCACGCAGUUCUAUGACGCCAAGAUCGAGGGAUACAAGGACAUGGACCUUACGGAUGUAUUGCAGAUGCUGGGACGCGCAGGACGUCCACAGUUCGACAAUUCGGGCGUAGCUCGCAUCUUCACGCAAAACGCCAAGAAGGACUUUUACAAGCACUUCCUUCAUACUGGCUUUCCUGUCGAGUCGUCACUUCACACGGUGUUGGACAACCAUUUGGGGUGCCGAAGUUUCGGCCGAGACCAUUGUCACCAAGCAGGAUGCGCUCGACUACCUCACAUGGACCUUCUUCUUCCGUCGACUACACAAGAACCCAUCAUUCUACGGGCUGGAGAUUUCGGCCGAAGAUCAUAA